GACGGUAUGCAUAGGAAUAAACAUAUGUAUAAAUGCCGAAUAUAAACUUCUCUUGUCUGUAAAUAGUACAGGAUAUUAUUCAUAAUCAUUUGGGUUAUUUGUAAAACUAUUUGAUUUGUUACUCUUUUUUCGAAUUCAAAAAAAAAACAAAAAAAGAAAAAUACUACCUCCUCUGAUAGACGACAAAUUUUCAAGGCAGUUUAAUUUCACAUCUAGGUGAAUUUUUCUACAAUGUGCUUUUUUACAUUAUUAUCGUGUUUGUUGUUGCAGUGUAUAUGUCGUAAUACAGCUGGACGACUAAUGAAACGUAAAAAGAAUCCAUCAGAUCGCAGUGUUGGACGGGCGAUAGUGGAUCAAAUGGCAUUGUUUCGACGUGCUCCUGGUCCAUCUUUUGUUCCACGAAGUUAAGAAUAUAUACUGAACAGGUAAUCACAAUAAAUAAAAAUGAAAUCUAAGGAGAACUUCUGAAUUAAAUAUAUCCUGGCUCCAUUUGCCUCAGUAUUCCAAU